GUCAUUAUGUCAUUCUUUAGAAAAUUUGUAGCGUCACAUGACCUGUUUUGUUCCCGUGACCAAAAUCGUACUAAAAUUCAAAUAUUUUAGGAAAAUAAUAUUUUUUCAUAAUUAUGGAUUUAUUGGAUCCUCUUGAGAGAAGCGAUGAUAUUGAAAUAGAGGAGCAAAAAGUAAUUUUAGACAAUAUGAAAGGAGCUGCUUCUAUGGAUAGUGAUUGUGAUGAUGAUCAAGCUUCAAUUGAACACUUGGCACCACAAACUCUACUGGAGACUCCUGAUAGUGAUGUGCAGUACUCUAUAAGAUCACCAGAAGGUCCACUAAUAACCUAUAGAGUGCUACAGGUUGAAAAUGGUUCAGAUCCUUCCCAAUAUGUGUCAACCACAUCGAGUUUCUCAAAUUCAACAACCAUACCCCAAGUGAUAUCCGGAAGUGGCUUAAAUGGACAAAUAUACGUUAUCGGAAGUCCAGAAGUUUAUACAUCGACAAGUAGUACAAGAGCUAUAGCACCCAGACCAACAGUGAUAGAUAAUUCUAUGUUAUUACCAGUUAAGGCGAAAGAUGAUAAAAGGAGAGCGAUCCACAACGCAGUAGAAAGGAGGCGAAGGGACAAGAUUAAUAACUGGAUAGCAAAAUUGUCGAAAAUCAUCCCCGAAGGUCCACAAGAUAGCAGCAAAGGCAACGGCCAAUAUGAAGGCCACUCCAAAGGGGGCAUUUUAGCCAAAGCCUUCGACUACAUCAUCGAGCUGCAGGCCACAGAGCGGCGCCUCAACACUUGCCUGAAAGAUAACAAGAAAUUGACAGUUUCUAUAGAACAGCUAAUACAGAGAUCAUGCGCGUUGGAAGAGGAGAAUAAACAGAUGCGCGAACUGUUGAAAGAACACGGACUCGAAGUGCCCGCCGCGCAGCCCUCAUAGCUUAGUUUAGUUAGUGUUAAAUAUAGGAUUAUUUGAAAUAAGAGUAUUUCGGGAUAUCUGAUCAUGCCUUAAAAUUACACGCUCUGAUGGAAUGGUAUCGCAGUGACUAAGAAAUCGCGAUUCGGGUUAGUUUUCCGACCUCCCGUAGAUACAAAAAAAAUUCUACAAAAUCUCAUUGCAAGACCACAGAUUUAGUUUAUUGAGCGCAACUUUCAACUUGGGGAAUAAAAGAAAGAUAACGCUAAGGUUAAAUCAAACAAAUAAGGAGGGACCUAACAUUUAAAUAGAGAUUGGACAUCUUGAGUUUUACCAUGGCAACCAGCAACCACAAAGGUGUGAGUACAAAUGUGUUUUACUGCAAUCUGCGUGACUGAUUAUUAGGUAAAAAUAUAGAGGUACCGCAAAAAGUUAAAUACAAAAGUUAUAAGAUUUUUAAAUAUCUAUUAUCGAGUAAUAAAUUUAAGUAUACAGGAUCGUUCAUAAAGUCGUGGCACAUCAA